CUCUUUCCCCCUCCCCGUCCCCUUCCCUCUCCCUUCCCUCCCGGCCCCGCUGCCAGGGGCGAAGCCGCCCGCCGGGCCCCCGCGGCCUUUUCUCUUGGAUUUUAGUACUGGAAAACUCUCUAAUGACAACUUUGCUUAGGAGCUGAGCAUCGUGACCUGCCCUGCUCCUCCCUACUCAGUGUGGGAACGACUUGAAGGACGUCUUGGAGCCACCUGUACUGCUUCAUGCAGUUAAAUGUUCAGAGGUCAUGAAACUUAAUCCACAGCAAGCUCCAUUAUAUGGUGACUCUGUUAUUACAGUGCAGCUGACUGAGGAAGAUAAAGUUGAAGAUGAUGUAGUUUUUUACUUGGUCUUCACUGGGUCAACUGUCCAACACUGCACAAGCACAAGAAAGAUAAAUCCUGGGAGUCUGGAGACCAUUUCACCUGGCCAUGACUGCUGUGAGACAGUGAAGGUAGCACUUUGUGCCUCUCGAGAAGGUCACCCCGUUCUGGUUGUGGCAGAAGAGAGUUUCCAGUUUGUCCAGGAUGAAGCCUACGAUGCUGCCCAGUUUCUGGCCACCUGCGCUGGCAACCAGCAGGCACUAAACUUCACUCGGUUCUUGGACCGGUCGAGACCACCCGCUGCAGAUGUGGACUUCUUGGAUGAGAAAGUGGCUUUGGCGUUUCGACACCUGAAACUGCCGGCAGAAUGGAACGUGCUGGGAGCGGACCAGUCCCUGACCGAGAACAUCCCUCGGGAAACACUGAUGCAUUUUGCGGUGAGGCUGGGUCUGCUGCGGCUGACGUGGUUUCUGCUCCAGCAGCCGGGGGGAAGAGGAGCUCUCAGCAUCCACAACAACGAAGGGGCAACGCCUGUGAGCUUGGCCUUGGAGAGGGGCUACCAGAAGCUGCACCAGCUUUUAACAGAAGAGGAAGCCAGGGAACCGGACUCCUGGAGCACCUUGUCUCACACUGUGCACUCAGGGGACUACAGCGUGAAGCACCACCGUGGACUUGAUGUUUACAUGCUGACAGCUGAAGCCAAGGAAGGGGAAGCAGCCAACUGGGAGAGUGAUAUACGGCACCUCCAGAUGCACAUGCAGAGCCACCAGCACAUGAGUUUAAAGCAGCAGACAGAGCCUGUGCUGGGAGAUUCUGGAGACAGCUGUGCUAAGGGAGCAGAGCCAGAUGGUCACCCGACAGCUACUUCUCAGAGCCUAGAAGAAAUGGCAAGAGAAGGAAGGCAGGAAAGUCCAUCCGCUCCUGUUCACCUGGACAUGGGGCAGCUUUCAGACCAAACCCACCAGGAGGAGAAAUGCAACAGCAGGAGUUUGGGAGCUUUUAAUGAUGUGCCAAAUGACUCGCUGAGCCUGGGGGAUGCACAGAACCCAGAGUGCUUCUGUGAAAGGAAAAAUGUGACGUUGAGAAAAAAGGAAGAGGAGGGGCCGACCUCUGCUGAAGGCUCUGGGACUGUAUCAGAUGAGAAGGACUGCACAGGGAGCCUGUCUGCAAGGGUAAACGGUGUCGUAAAUCUUCCAUCCUGUGGAAAUACAAAUGAGGAAGCUGGAAUGACAUCUGCUGGAGUUGUUCUGGAUCAAGCUGGCUUGUGCGACAGUCCCCAUCAGGAAGCACAAGGUGCUGAGGAGCAUUCCGCUGACAGUACUGUUUCUGUGGUUGAAACUGCAGGCGAAGCCCCAGCUUCCUUGGAGGGCGUGGAUGUGGCUAUGGGCCAAACUGAGUGCAGGAACUGUGCAGGGGCCGCUGAGAGGGCUGCGGGACAGCAGCAGGUAGAGGAUGGGACAGCUGAGGCUGGUGAAAGGAGGACUGCAAACCUAGAACAACAGUUGCCAUCUAAGGAAGAGUCACCCAGUUCUGCUCAGCCCUUGCUGAGUGCUUUUAAUGGCACUGAGCGUGCAGAUGGGGAGGAUGAAGAUGUGGGAGUGGUACCAGCAUGUGACAGUACACAUGCAAAUAGUGGCACUGGCGAGCUCUCCGCUGACCUGUGCAAGACUAGUGAUAACAAGGAGACUGGAGCAGACUCAUGCACUGAUCAACUACACAGUGGCUUCUUGGAAAGCCAAGGUGAUGCUCAUGUCUCAGCAAGGCAGGAUGUCAUCACGAGCACCAGGGCAGCAUUGCCAGCUGUGAAACCAAAGCAGUGUCUUCCAUUCAGAUAUCUUGGUUGA